UGAUAGUGACAAAGGGGAUCUGGUGGUGGCAUUUAGGUAGCAACUAGGAAGAGUAAUAAGGGAAUAAUGGAUGGGAAAAUGAAAAGAAAAAUACUUAAAUAGACAAUCUCUAGUGAUUUUGAGAGAAUUUUCUACUUUAGAAAAAGAAAUAUGUUCCAGCAAAUAUUAUAGUAUAUUUAUUGGGAGUGGACUUGGUCAUCUAGUUGUCUAGUAUGGCUUUGUUUAUGCCAGAGAAGAUGCCCCUUCGUCAUCUAAAAUGACAAGGGAAGUUGAAAUAAUAUAGUCAGCUGCGUACAGUCUUAGUGUGCCAUUUGAGGAAAAACAAAAACAGUAUCAGAGGAAGUGAAGGAAUGUGCAACUCAGACGGAGAUUGCAGGCCAUUGGGUUUUCUGCUGGGUCUUCCCUUUGCCUUUCUCUCCCUCCUCCUCUCAAUCGUUGGUCUAAUUGUAUGGAUUGUUGGAUUGUUGCUGACAUGCAUAUGCCCCUGCUGCUUGUGCCUGACCGUAAUAGUGGAGCUUGCGUUAGCAUUGGUGAAGGCUCCACUGCAUGUCAUGGAGUGGUUCACUUCUCAGAUCCCUUGCUGAGUUCCUCUUAAUUUUUAUCUUCCUUCUAGGGAGAAAUUUUAGACUUGGAUUUGUUGGUACUUCCCCCUGUUUUGCCAAUUUUUGUGGUUAUAGUGGGGAUUUGGCAGGUAUUUGGUUUUACGGUGGAGAAUUAAUUAUCAGAACUUAUUUCAGAUAUAUUUUCACAUGAUGGUUUUAUGUUGAAGAUCGAGAAUUAAUUUUGAGUUUGAAUGAAAGAAUUCUGAGUAACUUUUA